CUGCUUUCCGUUCUUUUCGACGUUUCUGCCGAUUGUGGCCGGAGGUGUUUCAAUCGCGUGGUUCUUGAAAAAGUGGCAAAUAACCCCACAAAACCAGCAAAAUGGUGAAAGUUAAGUGUUCCGAGCUUCGUACGAAGGACAAGAAGGAGCUGACCAAGCAGCUGGAGGACCUGAAGAAGGAGCUGCUGAAUCUGCGCGUGGCGAAAGUCACCGGCGGUGCUCCGUCGAAGCUGUCCAAGAUCCGUGUCGUUCGCAAGGCGAUCGCACGCGUGUACAUUGUGAUGAACACGAAGACGAAGGAGAACCUCCGCAAGCUGUACAAGGGCAAGAAGUACAUGCCGCUGGAUCUGCGCCCGAAGAAGACCCGUGCGAUGCGCAAGGCCCUGUCUCACCACGAUGCCAAGCGAUUGACGCUGAAGCAGCAGCGUAAACGCGCAAAGUUCCCCCGCCGCCGAUUCGCCGUCAAGGCAUAAGGAGUUGCGGAGCGAGAGAGGGUGGGAAACCUUCCCAUAUUGCUGUCAGGUGUACGCGAGUGUGUGGACGGAUGCCUCCGUUUCUUUGGUUCGUAUCGCUACCGAGAUCCGGUGCUGGUGGAGCAAAGCUGAUGUUUUGAUGUCAACCCGGAAGAAGAUCAAUGUAUAUGGAGAUCGGUAUAAUACACUGUCAUGUUUAUUGAACCACUAAA